AUGAUUCGAGGACAAUGGUUGGUGCUGAAUGUUGAUAUAAUAGAAGCUCAUUCGAUUGACUCAAAGAUGAAUGGUGGAAGAUUUGACUUUGAUGAUGGUGGUACAUAUUGCGGUGGAUGGGAGGAAGGCAAGGCACAUGGUCAUGGUGUGUGUACCGGUCCACAAGGGAAAGGUGAAUACGCUGGAGCGUGGCAUUAUGGAUUUGAGGUAUCAGGUGUAUACACAUGGCCAUCUGGUAAUACCUAUCAGGGACAGUGGCAAAAUGGUAAACGACACGGUUUGGGUGUAGAACAACGUGGUCGAUGGGUGUAUAAAGGAGAGUGGACACAAGGCUAUAAGGGUCGAUAUGGGCAUCGACAGUCUAUGACCUCGCAAGCCAGGUAUCAGGGUACAUGGUCAGCUGGCUUUCAUGAUGGCUAUGGAACUGAGACAUAUGUUGAUGGAGGUACAUAUCAGGGUCAAUGGCUACGUGGAACGCGACACGGAUAUGGCAUCAGAAAAAGCGCUCCAUAUGGAGUGGCGGCCAAAUUUCGAUCUCGCUCACAUACAAAUGCCUCUUUAACGUCACUAAGGUCUGAAAAUUGCGAUGAACAGGACGAAAAAACCGAAGAAGAAAGGAAAAACUACGAAGAGAGAGAUGAGGGACGCGGCGGUUUCGUGUUGAAAGCGCGCAGUGAAGCACCCUCACGAAGGCGGCGAUCCCUUUCCGAGCGUUCUCUCGCUGUGAAACGAACGAUUCUGUCAGGACUUCGCAUCAAGAAGCAGCAUUCAACUGGCGAUAUUCAUCAACGAGUCACAAGUAUUACGGGAAGUCUGAGGUCGAGUGGAAGCACGAUGAGUUGUACGUCUGAUGAGUCGGAGCAUCGAACCACUAGGGAGCACUUCAUCGUCCCUCAGGAGGAACAUAUCGAUGCGAACACAACAGAAACGUAUAAAGGCGAAUGGAAGAAUGAUAAACGAUGUGGAUUUGGAGUUUGUGAACGUAGUGAUGGACUCAAGUACGAAGGUGAAUGGUUCAAUAAUAGGAAAUGUGGCUAUGGAAUUACCUCUUUCAAAGACGGAACGAGAGAAGAAGGUAAAUAUAAGAAUAAUAUUUUGAUAUGCUCAAACAGGAAAAAAGGAUUGCUGUUCGUGCGUACUUCCAAGAUUAAAGAACGUGUCGAAAACGCUGUUGACGCAGCAAAUCGUGCUGCUACAAUCGCUCAACAAAAAGCAGAUAUUGCGAUCUCACGAACCACAACUGCACGCGAACGAUCUGAACAAGCCGAGUUUGUGGCAACACAGGCGCGUGAAGAUUCAGAUACGGCACGUAUAUGUGCGAAGCAGUUUGCACCAGAUUUUAAACAACCUGGCACUGAAGCGAUCCGAAUGAAUCGUUUACAGCAGAAUCAUGCGAAUCAUGUCUCAUUUGAAUCGAACAUGCCGACCGCUGCCCCAAAAUUGCUCUCGCAAACACAAAUGGUUGUGCAUGAGCCAUCUGGUCAGCCUCAGCAUUACGACGUCAAUAUGGAUGAGAUGAUGGCUGUUAGUUCGGUGCAUCAAACACCUCUUUCAUCAUCAUCAGUACCCUCGUCGAAUAUAACUCCUUUCCAGCAGCAACAGUCAGUAAUGCAUUAUCAACAGCAGCAGCAACAGCAACCGUCCCACCUUUACCAUCAGCAAUUACAACCACAUAUCGCUCAUCAUAUUGUACAUUCAUCUGACUUUAAUGAUAUUAAUAAUCAAUAUAGUAAUGAUUUACAUUUUAUUCAAAAACAACAACAACAACAACAACAAACGAUCCUCGAAAAUAUUGCCCAGCAUUCAUCUGUUGAUCCACCAACUCCUCCGUCACCUCCGCUACCUAUUAAGAAUACCUCUCCGGUGAGUGACAUAUCAAUCAUAAUAAAUCCGACACAGAGUAGCUCAAGGAUGUCGCUCAGUGAUGAUCACUACGAUCAAUAUAUGAUGGCUGCAAAUCCAAGUCAUGCCAAACUUUUGCGUAGGAAUCGACCCUCUUUGACAAGGCAACCAGAUGCUGUGCAAGACAUGGGCCAGGGAGAGAGAGAGUUGUUUCUUGUGGACAAAACGGAGUUGAAAAUUGAUAUAUUUAAGGGUUUGAAUAGGCGUUCAACACUUGCAUCUGCAAGGGAUCGUCGAUUAGAUGAAGUUGUAUCUCGCGACUUGGUGAAUGAAGACGAUAGCCGUGGAUCUUUACCGAAUUUGACUGAACUGGAAAAUACAGGCGUCUAUUUGAGGCGGGAGGAGGCAGCGCGGUUAGCCUCUCAGCAACGACAAGAAAUGCAACGUCUUCUUGAGGAGGAACAAUUGCUGAGGAGCAAUCCACUUCGAUAUUUAUUUCAUCCCGCGUUUAGGGUUAGUUUCUUCUAUGCAUCAAGCGAUCAGAAAAAAUACAGUCUUUCGAUCAGUCAAAUGUUUCAUUUACAGGCAUGGCUGAUUCGAUGGAGGUUGCCAUUGAUGUUGGCUGUUGCAAACGUUUUUCUUUUGUUGCUCUUCUACAAACUGCUCACUUACGAUAAGCGAACGCGUUGA